GGUGUACCUUUCUACGAAGAAAAUAUGAGAAAAUACUUUAAUGUUUCUAUACAAAUGAAGGAAUUACUAGAUGAAGUCAGCAUGAUUUUCUUAAACUCUCAUCCUGUCAUUCACGGACGUAGACCGUUUAGUCCAGGCACAAUAUCUGUGAAUUACCGUAGAAACUUUCCUGUUUAUGAAUUACUUGACAUGAGCGUCAAUAAACUUGUAGACUCCGCUAAAGAAGGUUUUAUAUACUUCAGUCUGGGAUCAAACUUGAAAGCCAGCCAGCUGAAUAAAGAUUUGUUGGAAGCAAUUAUAGAAACACUGGGGAAACUACCAUAUAAAAUUUUAUUUAAAUAUGAAGGUGACUAUUUACCAGAAAAACCUGACAAUGUUAAAAUUGUCAAAUGGGUACCUCAACUGCGUAUACUGAACCAUCCAAAUAUAAAAUUAUUCGUAACACAAGGAGGCCGACAGUCAACUGAAGAAGCCAUAUACGCUUCUGUAUCCAUGGUAAUAAUUCCUUUCUUCUAUGAUCAAUUUCAGAACGCGUUACAUAAUGAAAUCUCGAGGUAUAGCACAAGUGGUUUAGCGAGCUCCUUAUUUGAAGAAAGAAGAAUUUAUUGGAGCAAUAAAUGAAGUGAUUACUGAUCCUAAGUAUAAGAAAUCCAUAAAACAACUAAAGAAAUUAGCAUUGGAUAUUCCUAUGGAUGGGUUGGAAAAAGCAAUAUGGUGGACCGAAUAUGUCAUAAGACACAAAGGUGCAAGGCAUUUAAGAAAUCCUAUAGUAGAUUUACCGCUAUAUCAGUUUCUUUUGUUAGAUGUUAUUGAACUUUUGCUCCUAGUUUCACUGACUAUAUUUUCGCUGAUAUAUGUUUUAGUCAAAAAGUUAUUAAAUAUAUUUUGUACUUCAUCAAGGAAGAAUGAAAAGAUAGA